AUGUCUCUGUCUGUGUCAACGGCCGAGAUUCUGGUGUCUGACCUUCCCACCAAAUCGGUCACUCUGACUCCGCUCAGAGCGACAGUGGUUCGUGAAAUCCAGACUACUAUCCAGCCCGGUCAGAAUGAAAUUACCAUCCUUGGGCUCGAUCCUCAGGUUGACCCGGAUUCCAUCCGUGUCGACGGCUCCGGUUCCGCAACCAUCACCGACAUCCAGACCGACAAGGUUCCUCGCCGUGAGAAUUUCGAGGAUGUCUACCCUGAAGAGUCGGACAAUGAGUCCAGUGACGCAUUGGAAACCGACCCGGAUGAAGAUUUCGGCAUCGAUGAUUCGGAGCUUCAGGCGGUACGAAAAGAGAUCGCAGAGGUUGAGGCUGCUCUCGCCAAAGCGCGUGGCAAUCAAUCCAUGUCUCUCGCCGUUUCGACUAUAAUGGAAGGCUACGGGAAGAAAUUGAGUAUGGAGAAUGCGGACGCGGCGAAGCUGAAUGAUUUCCUCCAGCUUUACGUCCAGCAGCACUCGGUCGAAUGCGAACGUCACCACGAGUCUGCAGUGGAAAUCCGAGAGGCCGAGAAAAGCCUAGAGCGACUCAAUCGAAAGCGAGCACGACUGGAAACCACGUAUAACAAAGCCAAGGAGGCUGCUUUGAAGGAUGUUCGUAAAGAGCGCAGGAAGCGCCUGCGGGAGCGCGAAGAGAAAAAGAAGAAACAGCAGCAGUUGCGAGACGAGCGAAAGCGGUUCUGGACCCAUACCGUCAGUCAGGUCGUGGUCCAUCUCGACAGUCACUUGAUGACUCCGGGAUCGAGCCGACGUAGCUCGAUCGUGGAAAAGGUUGGGAGUAGCGCCGAUGUUGUAGACGUGACCCUGCGUCUGACAUAUGUGAUUCCCGGUCCCUGCUGGGUGUCUCGCUAUGAUCUCAGGAUCAGCACUCCUUCUUCGUCGGCUCGUCUGACCUACCGCGCCGAGUUCCAUAACUCCUGCUCGGAGACAUGGCGCGACGCCCAAGUCACCUUGUCCACCUCCCAGGCUUCCUUUUCCGGGCUCGAGGAGCGCAUUCCUCAACUGCAAGGCUGGCAUAUCAAGUUGGAUCCCAACAACGCAGGCCAGCCUUCGUGGAACAACAUCUUGCGCAGUCUUGACGAGCCUGGUCAGCCCCUUCAGACUCACGCAAAUUCACUUAAACAACAGCUUGUGGCAAUGCAAAUGGCAAAUCAACAGCGGCUUAAAAAUGUGUCGCAAGUACAGAUGCAGGCCUCGCAGGUUGCGCCCGUCUCACUGUUCGGAGCUCCACCGCGCCCGGCCGCUCAAUCGGGCUUGUUUGGCUCUUCAAGCGCACAACAGCAAAUGCAAACUCAGCAACAGACUCAGAUCGAGCGCGUGACUGAGCGGGGAGAGAGGUUGGAUAGCCUACCUGCGCCGGGUGGGUUCGGGAUGGCCAUGCGGGCACAAGGACCGGCAACAGCCCCAUCUGGGCCCUCAUACUUCAACAGCGCCGGCUUGAAUACCGACAACAACGACGACGAAGAGGACGAAGACGAGGAUGAGGACAGCCAAACCCUCGCGGCAGCCAGUCUGGAGCAUCAGGACUCCGUCAAACAAGACUACGGCUUGACUACGACAUACGACCUUCCAGGGCGCCGGACGCUGGUGCCGUCGAGCGUGCAUCGGCGGCACGUGCUGGCCGAGCUGGACCUAAAGUCCAUGACCCUCACCCACAUCAUCGUGCCCAAGAUCCGCGCGGCGGCCUUCCUGCGCGCCCGCAUCCAGAAUACAUCCUCGGUAACCAUCCUCCGCGGCCGAGCGGGUAUGACAGUCGACGGCACGUUCCUGGGAACGACCAGCUUGCCCAACUGCGCGCCGAACGACGCCUUCAAUACCUCUUUGGGCGUCGAUCCGUCGAUCCUGGUGACGUACGCGAAGCCGUCUGUCCGCCGCGUUGGAGGCGGGUUCUUCAGCAAGGAGCAUACGGCCGUCUUCCGACGGACGUGCUGGGUGAAGAACACCAAGAGCAUCGCCGUUGAUCUGAUUGUAUCCGAGCAGGUACCGCUGAGCGAGGACGAUAAACUGCGUGUGCAGAUCCUCGAGCCAAAGGGGCUGGAAAAGGAAGGCGAUCAGGUGAAGAUGGCGAUGGAGGGCAAGGGCAGGGGGAGCGUAUCCCUGGCCAAGAACGGCGAGGUCAAGUGGAUGUUGAAGUUGCAGCCGGGCAAGGAUAUCCGAUUGGCACUGGAAUAUGAAGCCAAGGUCCCUCAGGGAUGUCAGGUAGAGAUUGUCAAAUAA